CAUCAAAGUAAUGGAUCAAAAUUCAGAAUAUAGUAUAUAGAACAUUAAACAAUCAUAGGCAAUAUACUUUGACAGAUCCUUUCAAAAUGAUGUGUACAUAUAAUGAAGCAUAUGUACACCUUUCGCAUUCAUACAAGCGAUGGAGACUAUAAUCAAAAUGGGAACUUAUCAUCGUGAAGAGGAUAGAUUGAGCGUUCUUUAUAAAGCAUCACGCGCAGGGUCUGUGUCAACUUUGAACUCACUUUUGCAGGUAGAACCAUUAAUCCUUCACAAAAUUUCACAAAGUGGCUUCACCGAAACUCCUUUACACGUAUCAGCUCUUCUCGGCCACCUUGAGUUCACAAAAGCACUUCUCAUGUGCAAACCCAAACUGGCUAUUGAGGUUGACUAUUCUCAAAGCACGGCCCUGCACUUGGCUUCUGCAGAAGGUCACAACGAGGUCGUGAAGGGAAUGCUUGAAGUUAAUAACAAGCCAUGCUUGUUUCCUAAUGAAGAAGACAAGAUUCCUUGGCACUAUGCAGUUAUCAGAAGAAGAACAGAUGUUGUGAAAGAGCUGGUCAAUGCGAAGCCUGAGUCUCUGAGCUUUCUUGACAAUGGAAACACUGUUUUUCACUUGUGUGCGAUGUGCAAUCAUCUGGAGACUCUCAAAGCUUUGGUGGAAUUGGAAAUUGCCAUUUCUGGGAAGUUUCUCAACUUUACAAGUUCUGAUGGAACGGGGAACACCGUUUUCCAUUUAGCAGUCAUGUCGAAGCAAGUUGAGACUAUAAGGUACCUCCUAUCAGUCCCAACAAUAAGAGAAAUGGCAAACUUGAAGAACAACAUGGGUCUCACUGCCUUUGACAUCCUUAAACAUAGUCCGAAAGACCUAAAAACCCUGGAAAUACAACUCAUGCUGAUGGAAUAUUCUGGAAUCAUAACUGAAAGUAACAGAAUCUACGCUCAUUCACACUGGUCACCACCAGCAGCAGCGAGACCUCGAACUCUGAAGAAGAAAUUGUUUGAUAAGGAUUCUGAAAUGGAUUGGAUGUUGGUUCAGACAAAGGUGACUGGAUAGAAGAG